GUUGAAUUCCACAACUCUGCAUCAGGUUUCGACCUCCGAAGCCGGAGUCCGGUCCGCGUCUUCUCUCAGACCGCGGGUCUUUCCCGGGUAAACACGGAAGUCGUACCGGAAUCGCGUUGGCUUUGCUCCGUCAGCGUCGGCGCUCUGUCAAACCCAUGCCACUGUGUCACAGGAUCGCCGUCUGAAGCCAUGCUGCGCCUAACGCCUCUGUUUAUCGGCGUCCUCUGCCUCUGUCAAGUUUGCGGCCAUCCAUUGCAACGUAGAGAUGCAGGAGAAACUCUUAAACCUCCGGUCAAAAUUGAGGCUCCAGAUGGUUCUUCAGAAAAAGUACAAAAUGAUUCAAAAGUUGAUGAGGUGAACCCGACAGAUCAUAAAGAGCCAGUGGAUGAAACCCCAAAGGAACAACAGAAAAACACACCUGAAACAGCGGUCGAAGUGGUUCCUAAGGAAGAAGACCCUAAAAAACACGAAGAUGCUAAAAAAGAUGAAGAUAAUCCUGAUCCAGAUAAAACAGAUGCUAAAAACCUUCCCACAGAAACUAAAGAAAGCGAAGAAAAGCCCACACUUGACCCAAACGAAAAAGACAAAGCCAAUAAGGCUAGUGGGGAAACACUGAAAGAAGAUGAAGAGCCCAAAGAGACCACAGCUGAACACAAAGACGAUGAACAAAAAGACUUUAAAGCAGGUGGAGAUGGUGGAGAUGGUGGAGGUAAAUCAAAAGAGGAGGGCCAAGGGGAGCAACAAAGUAGUGAAAAGGUUGAGGAGAAGCCGACCGCAGCUGACCAGAAGGAAGAGGCUGAAGACAACCCUCAGCCUCCUGAAGAGGCGACAGAAGAAACGGUUGGCAAGAGUGAAGAGAAGCCCCCCGUAAUCGAGGGUCCUACAGAAGAAGAAGAACAAAACGCUGAAGACGAACAAAACGGUGACUCCGCAAAUGAAGAUGAAGAAGGUGAAGAUACCGGCGACGAUGCUUUACUGGAAAAGGAUGCGUUCAUCAGCAAAACGGGGAAGAAGGAGGGUAACGAGAAAGUUCGUCAGCCGCAGGAGAACGAGGAGAACAGCCAUUUCUUUGCCUACCUGGUCUGCGCCGUCAUCCUGGUGGCUGUGCUGUAUAUCGCCAGUCACAACAAGCGCAAGAUCAUCGCCUUCGUCGUCGAGGGCCGGAGAUCGAGAGGCUCGCGCAGACCCAAGACUUCAGAUUACCUCAAACUCGACCAGAACUGAGAAACAAAAGUCAGAUGAGUCAGCGCUGGAUGAAGAAAAUGAUUUGAACUGUGAUUUUAAAACUUGAAUUAUCCACAAUGAGGCGUAUAUCACCACUCAUAAACAUUACACAGCAUCUAACUCAUCCAAGCUGUCUCUAACUCAUCCAUCCAUAGCAUGUCAGGUCUGUCGAAAACAGCGUCUCUCGUACUUCUAAAACUUCUGGGAUGAUCUUCAGUCAGGUACAUAUUAUAGCUGUUGGUUCUCUGGCCUCUUGUUCAAUUCAGUUACCGAGCCUUUUUUUGGUAGCGUUUUUCUCAAUGUAUUUCUUGGUGAAAUUUGUGACGCGGAAGGAACCGAUACGUACGUUUUUUGAGAGUAUACGUUGUUUGCUAUUUCGUGAAGAUGGGUGAUGUUUUCCGAGGGAUGCCAUACCACACGUUUUUUUCUACGGGUGUGGAUUAGAAAAGGAGCGGCGAGCUUUUGUUCUUAUGUUAAAUAUGUUCAAAAUACGGUGAAAGCGUCUAAACCGCUCUGCGGAUGCCGAGUUAACUUCAAAGGGUUUAAAAAAAAAAAAAAAAAAAAAAAAAAAAGUUUUGCUUGCUGGCCCGGUCAGACCAGUAGUUCAGAUUCACAACUCCACAAAAUAAUUCAAUGCGUCGGAAAGAAACGUCUUUACGUUCUUUUCUGUUUAAUGUAGUUUUUCCUGACCCCAAAAUAGCAUAAUUUAUUAGGGUCCAAAGCAAUAAAAGCUAGAAAUGAAUCUCGAGUUGGAUAACGUGCAUGCCAUCCGUGCUGUGAGUCCGUUUAGAUCGUAUUUGAAUUGAUCAGUUAGUGCUUCGGUUGUGUUUGUGUGUGUUUUUUUUUUUUUUGGACUGCAUUUAGACACUUUGAGGUGAAAAAACCCCACUAAAGCCCUGCUCUUUUGCACUUUUCAUUCAAGCUUUGGCUCGAGUGACUUUAACGUUGAAAGAAGCCAUCCGGUCGUGCAGUCGCUCCACUGUUUAGCUGAUGAAGAAACCACUGUUGUUUUUGGGGUGUCCACGCUUGAUUUAUGAAGCAGGAUUUCUGUGCCAAAUCUAGACAAUGCCCAGGAGUGAGAAACAAACGGGUGUAUUAUUCAUACUUCCCUUGAUCCUAAAAGUGUCUGUUUCAAACACCAUCACGGUCCUGGCGUGCCUGCUGUGAUUCCCGCUCUUUAAGCCUGUGAUUUAAUGAUUUGACAUUUAACCAGUGUCUUUGCACAACCACUUUUCUUGAAAUCCUGGGUCUAUUUUGAAUUAUUACAUGGGUGAAAAUAUCUAAAGGGGGUUUGACUUACCUGUUUACUGUGGUCGAUCUUUUAUCACUAUUAAGCUUUUUCACAAGUGAUUUUCUUUCUACGCUGAAAAGAGAUGGAAUAAAGGUUUGAGUUUUUUUCCUCUGA